AUGAAGCCUACAGCCAACCUCCGGUCCUACGUACUUGCAAUUGGCCUCGAAUUGAAGGAGUAUCAGGUGCAAACCAAAGAUGGCUAUAUAUUACCGCUCCACAGACUUAUAGAUCCCAAACAAACAGACGAUCAAAGGGCACAAAUGGAGCCAAUUCUUUGUCAGCACGGCCUCUUAUCGUCUUCGGGAUCGUUUCUUACUCCAGGAAACCGGUCGCUUCCUGUAUUUCUUCUUAGGCAAGGAUUCGAUGUUUGGCUUGGGAAUAAUCGCAGCGGGUUCGAGCCGCUUCAUGCUUUUUACACGGGAAACUUGAUGCACAACGAGGAGUACUGGGACUGGGACAUCCAGGACUUGGCCCACUAUGACAUCACGUGCCUCAUUGAAAAUGUACUUGUUCAUACGCCAAAUUACAAGAAACUUAUUCUUAUGGGACAUCUGCAAGGAUGUACUCAAUCGUUUUUGAUGCUCCGAAACACAGAACUCGCUGAAAUUCAUGAAAAAGUGGGCUAUUUCGUGGGGCUUGCACCGGCAAUAUACCCGGGCACCUUGUUUCACAAGAGAAAGUUCUUGAAGUUUAUGGGAAACCGGUCUAAGCUUGGGUUUAAGCUCUUUUUUGGAGUGUGCUGCUUUUUGAACGUGUUGACGCAGUCUCGAAAUUGGUUCCAUAACUUCCCAUUGUUUGGAAACGUGUGUGUGUUGAUGUUCAACUACUUGUUUCAAUGGAAUGGGAAGUUGUGGAAUUCCAAUCGGAAAAUAUGGCACUUUCACUUCAUUUUCAACGUAAGUUUUGUGUCGGCCAAGUUGAUUUCCUGGUGGCUUAGCUUUUGGCGUGAGGAAUCGUUCAGAAAUGAGCUUGUGUCGAAGGAGACGUUCCAAGAUGGAAUGAACUUUCGGGCGACUGAAGAACCAAAGUACAAUGUUUCUGAUGACAAGACAUUUUUCCCGUUCAAACAACAGUGGUUUUCCGAGUCGGUGAUACCAAUGGCCCUUUUCAUAGGCGAGGUCGAUAACCUUGUGGAUGGCCAGCGGUUGGCGUGUCAUAUGGAGACCUUUGAACCCAAGUACCAGAAGAACGAGAACCUUCACAUUUUCGAAGUCAAGCACUAUUCCCAUCUAGACGUCCUAUGGGCUAAUAAUGUGAUUCGGGAUAUCGGAAGAGAUAUGGUGGAGGUGCUACAAAAUCGGCAGGCCCGAUAG